AUGAUGAGCGAUGACGACCGCGACAUUGAUAUUGAAAGCGAUGCUGAGAAUGACUCUGAUUCCCGACAACACUCGAGAAAUGGUUUAAGCAGUGGGGGUUAUUAUUCACAGGCAGAAAAAAGAGCUCAUCAUAAUGCUUUAGAAAGAAAAAGAAGAGAUCAUAUUAAAGACAGUUUUACUUCUCUGAGAGAUUCUGUACCGGCUUUACAAGGGGAAAAAGUUGCAAGUCGAGCACAAAUAUUGAAAAAGGCAGCUGAAUAUAUACAAUUCAUGAGAAGAAAAAACAAUUCCCAUCAACAAGACAUAGAUGAUCUCAAACGACAGAACAAUUUAUUGGAAACACAGAUACGAGCACUGGAAAAAGCAAGAGCGACUGGUAACUACAUGGAUGCACAUGAGCUAGGUCUCGGUAUUAAAUCUGAAGGCAGUUCACACGAUACAGAUAGCUCAGACGGCGAGGGGACCACUCGUCGAGUGAAAAAGCUUAAGAUUAAUGGUGUUAAUGUUUAA